AACAAAACCAAACCAAAAAUCACCGCCAGAAUGCCUCGCCAACGCUCCGUCGGCCGCGCUCCCUCGCGCCCAACUGCCUCUGCUCCUGCGCCCCAGCAGCACCGCCCUGCCACCACCAUGGCCGCUCCUCCUCCUCAGCAGCACGCUCCCCAGGCCAUGAUGCCUCCCCAGCAGGUGUCGCAGGGCCCUGGAUUGUUUGGCCAGAUGGCCAGCACUGCUGCCGGUGUCGCCAUCGGUUCCUCCGUCGGCCACGCUAUCGGUGGUCUCUUCAGCGGUGGCUCCUCCGAACCCGCGGCUCCCGUCCAGGCCCAGGCCGCGCCCCAGCAGAACCAGCAGUACAACAACUGCGCCGGUGCCGCCCAGAACUUCACAAAGUGCCUCGACGAGAACGGCGGCAACAUGCAGAUCUGCAACUGGUACCUUGAGCAGCUCAAGGCUUGCCAGGCUGCCGCCAGCCAGUACUAAGCAGGAGGAGGGGUACGACGGGAUGCGAGAUGAUUACGAUGCAUACGGCAUGGGGGUGUGCAGUUAAGAGGAUGUCGGAUCAAGGCCAUGUAAAUCUACAUGUCUUUUGAGACGAGCACGCAUGUAUAUACAAAUCCAGAGGAAAUACUUCAAAGGUACGCAUACAUGGGACGGUAUACGUACGCACAGACACACAGGACACUCUCCAUAAUGGGCGCAGAGUUUGGGCAACGCGUGAGAUGCCAAUAGCUUGGGCAGAGGAACAUUGUGUUGCAAAUGCGAAAACAGAGGCGCAUAAAGAGGACUCGCUGGGUUU